AUGGGGUUGCUAGAGUCACACGGGGAGGAAGACAAGGAGCUGAUGUCAGUGUGGAGGGCAGCGGCCGGCCUCUUGAGUAUAGGCGUUCUUCACACUCGGCAGUUACUGCUUCAAGCCUCCGGGUCGUGUGUAAAUCUUCUCUACGUCGUACUGAACAGGGAUCAGCAGACAUUAAGCCAGGUGUCAGCUGCAGGCAGGUUCUCGGGUGCCAGAUGGCUUGUGUUCAUGCCUCCCAAGUUCGAGCUCUCGAACCUCGAAAUUCCAUUCGACUGCGAGCUGCUGGUGGUGCAGUGGGGUGGCAAGGUGACACAGCUCAGAGAGGUGUACCGUGUAAGACCAGAACUACCCCUGCAGAUCCGGCAUUUCGGGGACUGGCGUCCGGGCUCUCACAGGAAGUGGCCCAGCUUGGGGCUGUACCGUCGGAGGACCAGUCUCGACGGACACGUCAUCAAGGCAGCUGUGCUGGAGGACGAAACGUAUGUGUUUCUGGACCGGACGGGAAGCAGAGAGACAUUGACUGGCUACAUCGGAUACAUAUGGAGCGAGCUGGAAAGAGAGCUGAAUUUCACGAGUGCGCUCAGCAAGUCGGUAGAUGGCGGCACCGGUUCCAAGGCGAACGGAACGUGGGAUGGGAUGGUGGGCAUGCUGGUUCGCGGCGAGGCAGUGGUGGGAGCUUCCUCCUUCCUCAUGACGACAGAACGCAUGGAUGCAGUCGACUACACAUACAGUCUUGCAGACGCACCGACGAAUGUCUAUAUCAGACGGCCUGAAGUGUAUUCUCUACCUUGGACUAGUUCCCUGGCCCCAUUCACCUCGCGCCUCUGGUUCUGCGUGCUGGCUGUUCUCGCUAUCCUGACACUUGCUCUAUCCAUCAUCUGCACCAUUCAACGUCGCCAUGGCAACCGCAAUGAGCUGCCGUUCGGCCUUCGGGAUUCAUGGCUGUCUAUGUUGGGAAUAUUCUGCCAGCAAGGUCAUUACGUAUUGCCACGCUCCAACCCUGGCCGCAUGGUGUGCUUCACGGCCCACUUGUGUGCUGCAGUGCUGCUCGCCGGCUAUGCAGGCAACUACAUCUCAGUACUGAGUGCCGGGCGCCCCCUGCAGUUACCCUUCACCUCCUUCCGCGGUAUGCUGGACCACGGUUCCUACCGACUAGGGGCUAUGCCCAGAUCUGCCCAGCUCGACUUCUUCGACGAAGCAACGGACCCGCUGUCCAAGGAGAUAUACGAGAAACUCAUCUUGCCUGACAUCCAGAAUCUGCCACUCAGCUACGCUGACGCGUUCAAACGCGUUUGUGAUUCGAAAUACGCCUUCAUGUCCUCGCCGGCCAUGAUGCGACAGUUCAACAGGAACUUGAAUUGCACCUUCAUCUCCCUUCCGCAGGCAAAUAUCCCAGGAGUGAUCGCCAUGACAACCAUUAAGAAGUUCCCUUACCGAGGACUUCUAAACUACAACUUACUGAAGAUGCGAAAUGCAGGUUUGACGAAUCGUUUGCAAACAAGGACACUGCCUGCGAAAGUGCAGCCCCAGUACAGAGACUGGGCAACCAUUGGUCUGGCAGAGGUAGCCCCCACCGUCAGCAUUUUCGCCCUGGGCGUUCUCGUUUCUGUUGUGCUUCUGGCUCUCGAGCGCUGCUCUGCUGGAUGUUCGGAACGGGGCCGAGAUGAUGGUGGUGUCAGCAUUUGCAGACAAGCAGUUCAACGGAAUUUUGUUUAGAAACUGCGCGAUGGUGGUUAAGAAGAGCCGGAGGGCCUCUUCUGUGUAAAAUGACUCGAGAUCUGUGCGAGUAAUGUGUGAAAGUCUAAGAAGUUCUCAUACUGAUUCCAUGUUCCAAGAGUUUUCUCAUUUUUUUUCAGUCUCAUAAUGGCGGUGAGUGAGUAACUUUGCCUUGAAGCUUUCCGGUGUGACGGUUUUACUAAAGUAACAUGAAAGCCGCGGAGAAGUUAAGAAGGAGGAAACAAAGUGAUAACCAGAGAAAAGAAAAUGUCGCUGACGUGUAUAGUUUCGUGAAAGAAGAUGGUGACAUUAUCAAGGUGAUCAACAGAAUGCAAGAAUAAAACCGUGUUUCAAAGACCGCUCUCUCUCAUGAAACAUGAACGCAACAAGAGCAUGGGUAAGGAAUUCGUCACAGCACAAAAAAGAAAAUUGAUCCUUAUCGUAUCUUUAGCCUCUGAUUUUUGUUAUGCGUGAUUUCUCCAUGUUACACCUUCAUGUGUAGUGGCUGGCUAAUACAUGAUGCUGUGUAAUCUUAGAUAGAACUCUCGUCUGAUAUUGUGUUACUUUCCCAUCUUAUGUUCUCAGCACGAGCGGCUCACACUUAUGGUUGAUGGCUGAGUUUGAGAGUACGUAUUACGUGAAUAGUUGUACACAUGCUCCUAUAUUUCUAUUGCUUUCAGAGCCGAUGGUUCAGUUUCACACUACUGUAAGCAUUGGCCCUCUGAGACUGCGCACUGCUUACCACAAGCAUUCGCUCUUCUUUCUUGCUUCGCUUAUUCUUCGAACCUGAAGACAGAGGCGACAUAUUCCUCUGAAACGUCGGUUAACUUUAGACGGACUAAUCGGCGUUUUCUCCCAGAAGAUAGUGCUGUUCAUAAUCACUGCUGCUAGAAGUACAAAUGCUACACGGUAGCAUAAGUUUAUAUUCUCCAUCUUCAGAUCCUCAGGCUGCAUCCACAGGAACUGCCAACUCAUUUCGGUAUAGGGGAGUUGCAGGCCACUGCAAGCGGGGACCAGUGUUCACUCCGUCGCACGGUGAAACCCAAGGGGGACGGCAAGAACACAAGAGAUCAUUAGGGGCUCGGCUUCAAAAUGGAAAAUAAACAUUUUAGGGACACAGAACAAUUAUCUGAGUGAUAAUUCGGGAUGAACAGUUUCAUGUAUGGCGU